AUUAAGUUCUACUUCUGAUUUUAUUACAAGCACACUCAAGCCUAGGCAUUUACAGAACAAAUGACAUUAUUGUAUAACCCAAGCACGUAACACAAUAUUGUGCAGUUCUACUCGAAACAGAUUUACUUGUAGAUAAGUCAUUUGGACCUUACAAAGCAAGUGUAAAAAGCGCUAAUUUCAAAAAAAGGACCAAACAUGCCCCGUCCUGUAUUCAAUCAUAUGAAGAUUAAUUUCCAAAUAGAGAUUUUUGAAGCAUUGCUUGCAAAUGAUAAACAUAUGGCACCACACUCAAUUAUAUCAUGAUUUUUAGCAAAUCUACUUUUUCAAAAAUUUUUAGCCAAAAAUGCUACUAUAAUGUGGUGUAGCACCUACUACAAAAUAGAUAUAAAUACCUUUUAAUUCCAAUUCGUUUUACUUGAUUAUUGUAUAUAUUUUAACAUGGAAUUAUAUAAAUUUGUCAAGGAUUGUGGGCUAAGACCAAAUUAUAAUAUUACUUACCGUGCAGGUGAAUCAAAGGAAACUACAAACACAGCAGAGAUACAUGGGGAAGUUGCCAUUAAAAUUAAGUCGAUAGUCACUUUUGGAAUUAAAGGAAGAAAGGAAUACAGUAGCAAGAAUGGUAGUAGAAUUGAAUUCGAUCAUGUUAUUAAAGGCGACGAUGUACCAAGAAUGAUUUACCAAGUUUAUAAAAUGGGUCAACCAAGAUGCAAGCACAAAAGAGAAGAAACUUUACUAGGACUUUAUAACGUAAUUGAAAGUUUGCACGCACACAAGAAAAAGUAUUCCAAGUUUUCCGGAAAAUAUGUUGAUGAACAUUUCAUGUUUUUUGCAUGCAUCGAGGAUACUGAUGGUCUUUCAUGGCCAGAUACAUUUUUGGUGAACGAAAACUCCCUCGACUUUCGUCAUAUGAACCAAAGUCUAGAAAAGUGGAAUUGUAUCAGCUCCAGUGAUAUACGUGUAGAUAAUUCAAAUGCUUACAUCAAGUUUGAAACACUACCCAAGCCUAUCACAUUGGAGAAGAUCAUGACAUGUGUUUAUUUACAUUCUGUCAGAAAAAUAAGCUGCAAAGGUUGCAGCCAUGUAUGGUCUCUUCAAGAUCUUCUUGGGCUAUUAGAUUACAAUCAAAUUUACAAAGAAAAAUGCCAGCACGCCAACAGCAAACUGGAUGAAAAAAUACCACAUAAUGAAGCUUAUGAAUUUCAAAAUAGACACAAUUUUUGCGAAUUAUGGGCUCAAUUUAUAAAAAAGGAUGCUUUCGCUCAAGAAAAUGAUAUAUGCCUGAUAUCUUGAUCACCAUUUGUAGAUAUUUUGGCUAAAGUACUUUAGAUCGCGCCACUUUACAUUUAUAAUUAUCUGAAUAUUAAACAUCUGUAUCAUAAAACUUAAUAAAAUCAAUUAGAAUUACCCA